UGCAUAUAGUAAAACAUUAAUCAUACAGUUCUGUAAGCGUUAAGUAUAAUUUGUAUAUAUAUCUAUCUAUAUAUUGUUUGUUUUAGUAUCAAGAACACUAAUAGCUACGCUUGGUGUGGCGAGGGGCAGGUAGUUGAACUGCAUCGAUGGAACACUAGAGGGAAGAUUACAAGUGAUGACAUGUAUUUUGGAAAUGAGACUUCUGUUUGAAAAGACUAACUGUCUGACACUACAGAAAGAAGAAAUAACUUUCCUGGAUUAACAGAAACAGUUGCUGCAGAAAUGGAAUUUGAAGUUGGAGCAGAAGUUGAGGUGAAAGAAGAAAUUUCUCUGGAGGGACACUGUCUCAUACUGGAAGCCAUUACGACAGAAAUGGAUUUUGAAGUUGGAGCAGAACUUGAGCUGAAAGAAGACAUUGCAGAGGAACAUGAACUCAUAUUGGAGAAUAAUCCAAAUUAUUUCAGCUGGGAUUCAGUAGUCUCAGAUGAGUCAAGCUAUGAGGAUGAAACUCCAUAUGAAUACUUCUCUACUGAUUCCUCGGAUAUGCAGAACUUUGAUGACCCCAGACAGAACUCAACUAGCAAGAACAAAAAGAAAUAUACUUACAAAAAUAAAAAGAAGUAUGGGUUCAAACCUGAGUACAAGAUUAGGUGCGCACGGAGGCAGGAAACAAAAGUUGCACAAUGUCACUUCUGUGGAAGGAAUUGUGUCUGCAUAGAAUACUUAAAUAUGCACCUGGAAGGGUAUCACGCUAUUGUUCGAGUCCCUGUGAAGUGCCCUUGUGGUGUUCAGCUGGACACGUUGAACAGCAUCAACAGUCACUUUGCAUCUUGCAGAAUGAUGUCAUUUGGCUGUGCGUGGUGUGAGCAAUCCUUCCACUCGCUCUCAGAACUCAACGUGCACUGGAAUAGCCACAAUCAGCCAGAUCUGUACUCAGAACGUUUUGACUUUGACCUGAAAACAACCCAGCCUCUAUUCAACAUGUUAAACCACCAUUCUCAGCCUUGUAAAUCUCCACAGAAUAAUAAACAGUCCUCACAGCUUCAGAACAACCCGGUACAUGACAAAGGAUGUAAGCUGCCUGCUAUCCAGUCUAAGCAUGUUAACCAGGAUUAUGGAAACAUUAACACAGUUACUGAAAAUCCCGGGUACUUUGGAGUGGACCAAGGCAAAGUUUAUCAAAAGGCAGGUACAUUUAUGCCUAUAGUAACUAGUGUACAGAAGAGUUGUGGGAGUCAAGUAAGUAGACAAAGUGAACUGGAUAGAAAUUUUUUAAUCACAAGAAUAACUUCAGGGGAAAUUUCCAAAUUUUUCCCCGAGGGAAUUUUGCUAACCCCAAAUGAGCUUCCUGUCAAUAGUGAAAGUGACUUGGUACGAUACUGUCCAGUAUGUCAGAUUAAUUUUCUUACUGGUAAAGAUGAACUAGAAUGUGUGUGUAUCUCAUGCUGUGAGCCGCUAGUGGAAGGCUUUUGUUUGUCUGUAAAUGAAGGGAGCCCACCUCCGUGUGAUCAGCAGAGUGAGUAUUCAAGGCAGAACCAAGAAAAUCAGCACUUUGGUCACCUGCCCCAUGAGAAGUCUUUUUUACCUUCUGCAGGCAGUGAGACAUCCUCUGUGCAGGUUGAUACUGAAAUGAAUCUCAAAUUCUACAGUGUGAGGAAACGGUCUGAUUUUGAUGAAAAUACCUGUAGUUUUGAGAAUCAAGCCGACACCCAUUUCAUAUCUGUUGGGUUAUCAGAAGCUGAAAUCAGUGGUUGCAAGAAGGUUCAUUACCAGGGCCAACAUUCUACUGAUGAAAAUUCUGUUUGGACACCAAGGUCUGACUGCUUGCACAAGUUGGAAUCUGAUGUCAUUUGUAAGAACGAGCCAGAAGAUCACGAGGCAUUUAGCACCAAUGUAAACACUUCUUGUAUAGCAGGUUGUCAUUGCCACCCAGAGAGAGAAGAACACAUGAUGUGCAAGACCUGUAAGGCAUCUCUCAGCAAGGGCACCUAUAGACUAAGUCCAUGGUUGAUAACUGUGCAUUUUUGUCAGAAUUGUAAAGGAGCAUGGAGGAAUAAAAAUCUGGAACUACUGACUUUGCAGAAGUCGUUUUGGAAACCUUUGUAUGCGGUAUUUGCGAGGAGGAGUUCUCUGAGAGAGUAAACUGUAUAAGACAUUUGGCCAAUCACUUGAAGAGAACAAAUGCCAAUUCUUACAUAAUAGAUGGCAAGGCAGGAGAGAAAAUAUUCCCGUUUCAGUCAACCACUGAAUGUUCUCCAUCUAUAAGAGAUGAACUGCAGACUUCUGAUAGGGACUUUCCAAAGGCUUGUCAUAAGGAAAUAUUACAAGGCAUUACAGGACAGCAGCUGGCAAAACAUGAAACUGUUAUUUUGGCAGAUGGCAAAGAGAUGUAUGACCCAUGUACAGGUAUUGAUAGUAAACUUUUUAGAGUAUUAACAAAUAAGGAAGGGGUAAAGGUGCAAGCAAGUUAUGUGGUUAAUAAUCCUGAUGUGCCAAACACCAAUAACAUGGAAGAGUUAGAGGAAGUAUUGGCACUUCCAAGAAAAACGGAACUGUGGAUGGGAGCUGCUAAUGUGGAAGAGCAGUAUACACAGAAAGUUCACAGACAGAGGAACGACAGUCAUAAACAGAUUCGCACAAAGGGCAUGCCCGGGCUUCCAUCUUUGAUGAAACAAAAAGGUACAGCGUUUCGAUGGUCAAAAUACAAGAAACAUUCUAAAAAUAGCAUGAUAGGACUUCAGUCUUUGAAAUUAAAAGCUGCAGCAGCUCAACAGCUGAAAUACAAAACAAAGUCUAAGUGCAGGAUAUGCCAGGUUGCUCACAACCAGCUGAUGUCAGAUAGAGGGCCCAAACUUCAUAAGUGUGACUGUGGGAGAGCCUUUAGAAGCUUGCUACACUUAUUACGGCAUCACUUAUUUCACCUUCAGAGCACUGUGUUCAACUGCACAGCAUGUGGACAGUCCCUGAAAGGCUUCAGGAAUCUUGAGAGACAUUCUGAGAGGCAUCAGAAUAUAAUGUAUUUUUGCUGCCCAUGUGGGGAGGAGUUCAGAAGAUUUCCUGGUUAUCUUUGGCAUAAAUUAAAAAUAACUUGUCUACGU